AUGUGGUCGGUCAAGAUGGCGGCGCUCAGGGCGGCGAUGCCGGUGCUGCUGCUGCUGCUCGGCUGUGCUGGAACGCGCGCCCACCGCCGCACCCUGAUCAUCUGGCACGGCAUGGGAGACAGCUGCUGUAACCCGAUGAGCAUGGGCUACGUUCAAAAGAUGGUGGAGAAAAAAAUCCCGGGGAUUUACGUUCUGUCUCUCAAGAUUGGAAGCAACCUGAUACAGGACAUGGAGAACAGCUUCUUCAUGAACGUGAACGAUCAGGUGAGGGAGGUUUGCAGCCAGCUCGCCGCGGACCCUCACCUGAAGGGAGGCUACAACGCCAUGGGCUUCUCCCAGGGAGGCCAAUUCCUGAGGGCCGUGGCCCAGAGGUGCCCUUCUCCUCCCAUGCUCAACUUGAUCUCCAUCGGGGGACAGCACCAAGGCGUGUACGGCUUUCCACGCUGUCCUGGGGAGAGCUCCCACAUCUGCGACUGGAUCCGGAAGACCCUGGAUCUGGGAGCCUACACUCAAGCUGUUCAGGAGCACUUGGUACAAGCAGAGUAUUGGCACGACCCGCUGAAGGAGGAGGACUACAGGAAAAACAGCAUCUUUUUGGCUGAUAUCAACCAGGAGAGGGGCAUCAACGAGACCUUCAAGAAGAACCUGAUGGCUCUGAAAAAGUUUGUGAUGGUGAAAUUCCUCAACGAUACCAUGGUGGACCCUCCAGCCUCUGAGUGGUUUGGGUUUUACAGAAGUGGCCAAGCCAAGGAGACCGUCCCGCUGCAGGAGACCUCGCUGUACAAGGAGGAUCGCCUGGGGCUGCAGGAGAUGGACAAAGCAGGGAAGCUGGUGUUCCUGGGGGUGAAAGGGGACCACCUGCACUUCUCAGAAGAGUGGUUUGACACCACUAUCCUCCCCUUCCUCCAGUGAAGCUCCUGUGAGAGCACUGGGAAGGGUUUACUGCUCUAGUUAAUGCUACUGUGCAACAGCACUUUGUGUGUCCAAGCCUGCAGGGAUCUGGGGAAGGGGAAGAAGAGGGGGUUUAGCUCAGCACUUCCACAGCAGUGGAAUUCCUGGUGUAAUUCCAGUCCCACAUGGGUGGGCUGAGCCUUGCACUGAGUCUGACACACUCCAUCCUGCACAGGGCCUGGCAAAUCUGCUUCAGCUCUCAGAGCUGUGGCCAGUCUGGUCUCUGGGUGGUGCAGAAGGAUCAGCUGUGCCAGAGGUUUGUUCUCCAUCACCUGUUCCUCGCAGGACACAAUGGCAGUAUUAACCCAAAUCACUAGUGCAGGGAUCAGCAAGACUUACAUGGCUGUAUGCAGGGGAAUUAAAUUACAGCCUGUCCUUCAGGAUGGGGAAAAGGGCCAAAUUUAGGCGUUUCUGGGGAAAAAGGAGGGUUUGGAAUUCAGCAGGUAUUAACAGCUUGGACAGUUUUCAACUAAUGGCUUGUUUUAUGCACUUUUGUACAACUGAAAUCAAUAAAGAACUUUACAUCUAACCAACUAAAAAA